GAGAGCAGGGGUCGCGAGAGCCGGCCUGGCGCAAAGCCGCGGGCAGUGGGCGGGGCCAGGGUGGAACGAGGCGGUUCCGGAAGGAAGUGGUUCCGGGUUCGCGGCCCAGCCAGUAGUGCGACAGCAGUAGAACGUGGUUGCGGUAUUAGGGGCGAGGCCGGAGGCGGCGGAGGCGGCGGCGGCGGCGGCGGCAGCGGCAGCCGGGACUUCACGGAGGGCCCGACUGCCUCAAAUUCGUUUUGGAAUGAAGCAGUGUAAUAACUGAAUGAACUGAACUGAAUGUACUUUUUCUGUGUAAAAAGGGGAUAGUGGCUCACAUGUCAAAGGAUGGGACGGUCACGCUCUAGAUCCCCCACGUGGAAACAUAGGUCUUUAUCACCAAUACCUAGAAAGUCUGAAUACUACAAGCAAAGAUGUUCUAAUGAGCAUUAUUGCUCCGACUAUAAGAAGGAUCAGAAAAGAUCCACUUGUAGAAUGAAUGAUAAGAAACAUGGACAGAGUAAACCAAGGACUUCUUCUCAUGAUAGUGCACAUUACCAAUGGUAUGAACAUAGAUCACCUUCUCCAGACAGAAGAAGCUCUGUAGGCGAUUUUUAUUCUUAUAAGCUUUACCAAGAAUAUUCACCACAAAGAAGGGACAGUAGCAGGAGAUCUCAGUAUAUGUCUACAUACUCAGAAGAUGUACCCUAUGAAGAUUAUUGCUGGAAUUAUCCUAAGGAAAUGCAAGAGAGGUAUUCUCCUGAUGACCACAGAGUUAGAGGAAGUGGAAAAGGAGGGCAAUCACCUCAGAGGUCAAUAGAAGAUUCUUUUAGAUUUGAAGAAGAGUUGUACGAAGAUGACUUGAGUAACCAGAUGAUUCAAGAUGAAAAAUAUUCUCAGUCAUUUAGAAGAGGCUCUGAAGAUUUUGAGGAAAAGAGCUCUUUUCAGACAAGGUAUCCUGAGGAUCGCGAUUACAGAAAAUACAGACACACAUCAAAAAGAUCUACAGGCAAGAAGAGGUAUGAAAACAAAGACUCUUCUAGAAACUCAGAUCAGAAGUCUAGGCAUUAUCUUUCACAUUACCAAGAAAAGGAAGAUCAGUGGAACCUUGGAAACCAAGCUCAUCGACAUGCUUGGAGGAACUCCCCAGAGACCAGUUUAGCAACCAAGGUAUCCAGGGACUAUCACCACAAACAUCCUAAGACCUCAGAUGAGGACCAGGACUUUUCUGAUGGAAGAACUCAGAAAUACUCUAAGGAGGAAGAUAGAAAAUACAUUUCUCAAAUAGGCCUUGCAGAAAGAAAGUCCAGUUAUUUUAAUACUGGAAGAGACAGAGAGACUAAAGAUGGGCGAGUGAAAGAAGCUUCUAAACCAUAUAAGAAAGACUGUUCUCCCUCUACUGAUUCAGAUAAAAACAAUGUUAUUUUGAGUCCCUAUAAUGGCAAACAAAAGAAGAUAAAAAACAAAGGGGAUGGCAGAAGAGAGGCCAACUCUUCCAGUUACCAGUUUGGUAAAAGUAAAUAUUCACCUGCUAGUCUUAGGAAGAAAUCGAAAUCACUUAUAGUUAAAAUAGAUGUGAAGGACACAGUAAAUAUACCCAGCUUUCAUCUUAGCAAGGCAGAGAGACAGAUGUCAUGUGAUUUGGUUGCUGUUGGCAAGAAGAGUGAGAACUUCCAUCCAGUGUUUGAACAUCUUAAAUCAGCUCAGAAUACUGAAAACAAAUCUACAGGAGAAUUUUCUAAGGAAAUCAUAACUGUAAUUCAUCAAAUUAAAGCAAAUACUUCUUCAUCAUCUGAUGUUACUUUACAUGAGCGUUUCUCAAAAAUACAAGAUUCACCAGCUACAAAAGGUGCAAAUGAAGUUCAAUUGAAAUUAGAUCCAGAAAUUUACAGGAAAAUAGAUAUGUGUUUGGCUGAGCUUCGGAAUAAACUAAAUACGGUAUGUGGUUCAGAACAGACUCAGGUCAAAGUAAUAGAUCCAAAUGACCUACGACAUGACAUUGAAAGAAGGAGAAAAGAACGGUUACAGAAAGAAGAUGAGCACAAUUUUCACAUAGAUAGUGCUGCAGAGAGGAAUAAUCAGGUUUCCUGUUUUUCAUCUCCUGAUGAUAGCUUCCCAAACGGUCAAUGUGUUACAAGGUCAAAUCCUGGAAAGUUUUUUCAGAAUCUUUACAUGGAUUAUACUAUGCAGAGUAUCGACAAAAUUACUCACAAGGCAUUUGAAGUUAAGAGCAACCAUCAAAACAGAAGGGGCUUUAGAUCUUCUAAGGCCAAGUUUAGAGGUGGCAGGCUGCAGCGGUACGGUAAAUCAGGCCUAGUAAAGAAGAGCUUGAACAUUCAGGCUAAAUAUCAGCGUUUACGGUAUGCUGGUUCAAAGGGAUUUUUCACUAAAAAAUACAGAGAAAGAUUGCCGAGGAAAAAAAAGGUUAGUUGGAUUAUGAUUCAUUAAAAAUACUGAGUGACUUUGGAACUCAUAAAUUAUCUCUGAUUAAUAGAUAAAUUGGGUUUUUAAUUUAAUUUGACUUGGGAAACAACCUAGAUUUCAAAAAUACUCUUAUUGUAUAAUAGUUGCAGAAAAACUUCAAGGAGCAGUGGUAAUAGAGCUGUGAGACUGUUUAAUCUGAAAAUGCUUUUAGCUGUUAUACCUCAAAUAUUUUGAAUAUAACAGCUGUUGAAACUUUUUACCUUAGAAUAUCUCCUCUAUGAUUCAUUUUUGAAAUGGAAAUUCAGGUAGACUUUUAACUGAUAUAUUUUAGCCUUAUAAAAUAUGAAUUAUCUAAGUACCAAAAAAUAUUGAACUGAACUGACUGUAGAAAAAGGGUACAUAAUUGCAAAAUAUGCUAACUCUUCUUUUUCCCCUACUCAUAUAUGCUUUAUUUUGAUAAAAUAUAUAAAAAAUUUGCCAUUUUAACCAUUUUUAGGUAUACAAUUCAGUUGUAUUAAUUACAUUCAGAAUGCUGUGUAAGCCUCACUAUUUUAUGCUAACUCUUCAUGUUAAUAAAAAGUUUCUUGCUCUGCUGGCAUGGCUCAGUGGUUGAGUGUCAACCUAAGAACUAGGUACAGUGAUGGCGAACCUUUUGAGCUCGGCGUGUCAGCAUUUUGAAAAACCCUAACUUAACUCUGGUGCCGUGUCACAUAGAGAAAUUUUUUGAUAUUUGCAACCAUAGUAAAACAAAGAUUUAUAUUUUUGAUAUUUAUUUUAUAUAUUUAAAUUCCACUUAACAAAGAAAAAUCAACCAAAAAAAUGAGUUUGCGUGUCACCUCUGACACGCGUGUCAUAGGUUCGCCGUCACUGAACUAGGAGGUCAUGGUUCGAUUCCUGGUCGGGGCACACGCCUGGGUUGUAGGCUCGUUCCCUAGUGUGGGGCAUGCAGAAGACAGCCUAUCAAUGAUUCUCUCUCAUUAUUGAUGUUUAUAUCUCUCUCUCUCCCCCUUUCCCUUCCUCUCUAAAAUAAAGUAUAUUUUUAGAAAAGUUUCUUUACUUGAUCAUUUGAAUUUCAUACUCUUUUAGUUGUAGAUAGAUUUUAUUUAAAUUUGCCAUAUUGGUAUUUGAAAAUACAGCAUCAAUAUGAUAUAAAAUUACAUUCUACAUAUUAUAUUUUAAGUGAGAAUAAUAGAAUUAUAUCAGUUAAGGGAGGUUAUUUUGUCAAUAUUUUUAUUAAUCUUUAUUAAUAAUUAUGGACGAAUAUUUUCUUCUGAGAAAUGUCUGUAUAUUUAGUGUUGCUAUCAAAUAGUCCAACUGUGGUUUUAUAAAUUUGUUAACCAUAAAUGUUUCCUUAAAUAUUCAUACCUGUGAAGCCUUUACACUGAGCUUGCUUUAGUGGUUUUAGUAAAACUUGUUUUUUAAAACAUGGAUCAAUAGAAUGGAGCUUACAGCUGAUUUUUUUCAGUUUUCAAAUUAGAUAUAUCUUCUGAACUUCUCUCACCUCCUAAUUUUAAUUGAGCACCUUAGAAGAGGUUUCUAAUUUCACUGUGUAUGUCAUCCUAGGUGUUAUGAAAGCCAUCUCUCCUUUGAAAAUGGAGUGAAAUUGCUAUAAUUUUCCCCUCUUAUACCCCUCUCUGCUGUUGGACUGAGGUGCUGGCUUCUCUUCCUGACUUGUGUGGCAAAUUUCUUUGCAGCAGAUCUUUCUACAUAUUUAUCCCCAAUCACAGGUGGCAGCUUGCAUGGUCUCAGGGAAGCUAGUCAUUGAUUUCCACUUGAGGAGGAAGGCUGAAGCAAGCCUUUCCCUUAACUUUAUGGUUGAGUUUCAGGUACAUGUUAUGUGCUUCUCUUCUGUUAAUUCUUUGCUGAACUUUGAGUGUUAGCUUCAUUCAAUUCCAUUUUUACCUCUAUUCUUGCCAUGAUUUGGGUGAUUACUUGACUGCUUGCCUCAGCCAGUGCUUUCUAUACACUCAUUGGACUUGCUCCAUUUCAUCAUUUUUGUUUUUGCCUCACCUUGCCCUGUUCCUAAUGACCACCCAGUUCUUCCAGACCACGUUGACCUCGCUUAGCAGCAAAUAGAAACCAGACGUCAAGCCUUCAUCUUAGGACCUGAUGAGUGUGUUCUAGAAGGAGCCACAGCCUGAUAUAGGUCUCUAAUCUUUAGGGCUUAAGCUUUUUAAAAAAUGGUGUGUGUUUUUUAAAUAUAUUUUUAUUUAUUUUAGAGAGAGAGGAAGCAAGAGGGAUAGAGAGAUAGAAACAUCAAUGAAAGAGAACAUUGAUCGGCUGCCUCCUGAACGCCCCCUGCUGGGGAUCGAGCCUGCAGUCCGGACAUGUGCCCUAACUGGGAAUCGAACUGUGACCACCUGAUUCAUAGGUUGAUGCUCCGUCACUGAGCCACACUGACCUGGCUUUUUGUGUUAUCUAAAAUGUAGCAGUUAUGGUUAAUGGCCCUGUCCUGUUGCCUUUCACUGCCUUUUGAGUAUGUUAGAGGUGGUCCCAAUACACUGAAUUUAAAAAAAAAUCAGUUUCUUCUAUUGUUUUUCUUAGACAUAACCCUCUGGAUGCUACUUCAUAUAUCUUUGUACCGUAGCUACUUUGACAUGGGUUUGUUCAGUCUGCCUAUUGUCAGUGCCUGCAAACAAGCCACAUCCAGGCUUUUAUAGAUUGUGUUGAACAAGGCAUAACUCUACAAGUAUGGCAUGAAGUCAGGCUUCCUACUAUUAGCACCCUACUUAAUAUCAGGGCUCCACACUCUCCUGACCUUCAGGAAAAGUAAUGAGGCAUUGCAGCAGCUCUGUUUCUGCCAAGGUCUUAAGGCUUAUUGGGUGUUAGAGGUGUGUGUGCGUUUUUUUAAAUAUAUUUUCGUUCUGGUUAGUGGGAACCAAGGUACUUAAGGCUUACUUGGCCUUAGAGCUGUCCCAGUAGUAUUGUGCUGCAACCCCAUUCUACGUGUAUAAACUGAUGAUUUAGACCUAUUAUUCCAUUUUACCUCAACUUUCAUGCCCUAAAGAAAAGAGGUAGAGGCCUGGAGUCUUUGGUUUCUUCUAAUGUUGCUUGCUUCCCCUUUCUCUUAGAUUAGGGGCACUUUUGCUCAAAUGGGUUACUGGGUGUGAGGUACCAUUUACAUCACUUUUCAUCCCAAGUCCAGCAUUAGAGGGAACUUUGAAGCUACUGUCCUGGAGAGAAACCUUAGUCUGAGCAGCAAUUGUCCACUGCUUUGUCUUUUUUGCCCUAAUAGGAACUUCAUUCUUUUCAUUGCUAGACCACCAGCUAGAUUAAUUAAGGAUGUGUCAUCAAUUCAUUAAUCUAGGUACUCUAGACUUCUUCUCCCAUGCCUCAAAGUCCACCAGGAAGGUUUCGAUUGAUCUUGUCUGGGCUUCUCACUCCAUCACAGUAUUGAGAUUGCUGGGCUGAUCAUUCAUGGCGUGGCAGUCUUGUGACGCUCAACUGUAGUGCGGUCUGGUUACUGUGCAUCAGACGUGCUUCCUGUCUCCUAUGUCCUCUUGUCCCACUAACCAGAACAAUUGCGGCUUCCCUAAAACCACCUUGGUUCCCCAGCUGCCUACAAAGUAGUAAGAUUCCCAAGCAGUAUUAGGAAAGUACAGAACUGAAAUUCUUUCUCGUCAUUCAUCAUGCACUUGUCAUAUCAAUCCCAUCCUGGCACCCAAAUUCCCUUUUAUUGUACCUCUUUUCUAUUGGAUUCUGGGCUUAGGCUGAAAGAUAAAGGGAUUGUAGAAAUGUCUGUUACCACCUGAAAUAAGGCUGGUCUUUUUAAAAAAUAUAUAUACAUUAUUGAUUUUUUUACAGAGAGGAAGGGAGAGGGAUAGAGAGAAUCAGAAACAUUGAUGAGAGAGAAACAUUGAUCAGCUGCCUCCUGCACACUCCCUAUUGGGUAUGCAACUAAGGUACAUGCCCUUGACCGGAAUUGAACCUGGGACCCUUGAGUCCACAGGCUGACACUCUAUCCACUGAGCCAAACCGGUUAGGUCAAGGCUGGUCUUUUUAAAAAUAUAUAUACUUUUAUUGAUUUCAGAGAGGAAGGGAGAGGGGGAGAGAGAAACAUCAAUGAUGAGAGAGAAUCAUUGACUGGUUGCCUCCUGCAUGCCCCACACUGGGGAUUGAGCCCUGACCAGGAAUUGAACCCUGACCUCCUGGUUCAUAGGUUGACACUCAACCACUGAGCACACCGGCUGGCUGGGCAAGGCUAAUCUUUUAUCCACUAUCAUUCACAAGUGCCCCUCUUUUAUAUUCUCUUCUCAUCACAAAAAGUUUGCAGAAACUCUUGAGAGUCAGACUAUGUACCAGAAUAGAACAAAGGACUUAGCACGAAUUUAUGAGGCCACCUCUGGGAACAGUGCCUCUGAACACUCAGCAGUUGUGCAUUUGGUUAGGAAGACCUGGAAGUCCUUAGCAUCAGAGAUUCUCCAGCAGUCAGUCCUCAGGGGCCUGUCAGCUGGGUACCUAUCAGAGCUCUGUCUGUGGCUGGGAAGGGGAGAAAGGAGAAAGCAUAAAGAUGCUGCAGGAAGGAAGUUACAGACUGGGACUUAAGGCUUUUUGAGUUGAAAAAAACCUUGAAAGUCAUGGAGUACAAAGAUUAGAACAGGAACCAAGAUCAGACAAAUGAACAAAAAUCAGUUAUAUACCUGCUCUGUCCCUCAAACUUGAAGUGUACCAGGAUGCAAAAGUGUUGCAUAGGAACAUCAUCUCCUUCAAACAUUUAUGAUCUUGAGCCUCCAGUUUCACUAUCUACUUCUCUGCCUUACUUAUUUAGUGAUUUGUUUCUUCCAUGUAUCCUUAAAAAAAUGCAUGCAUUCCCUAGUGUUAUAUUCUUUUAAAAUAUAUAUA